AUAUCCUGUACUAGCGUCGCUCAUUGUUGUCUUGUCGUCGGUUCGUGGAGCGUCGAGUUGUGAAAGGACAGGGAGAGGGACCAAUCGAGCCUAGGGCGUAUUUUUUUUUUAAAGUUUGUUACCAGUUUAGCGUUAUUGGGGCAGCAUAAUGACCGAUAAAAUGGAUAUGUCUCUAGACGACAUUAUCAAACAGAACAGGCAGCAGAGAGGUGGAGGCCGAGGUGGAAGAGGUCGAGGCCGCGGAGGCUCCGGCGGCGGCCGAGGAGGAGGCUCUGGGCGUCUUGGAGUCAGCGGCGGAGGAUUUGGAGGCCGAGGCGGCGGAUCCGGCCCCAUGAGGAACCGACAGAACCUGAACCGCGGUAGAGGCAGACCGACGCCUUACAGCAGGCCUAAACAGCUUCCAGAUAAGUGGCAGCACGACAUGUUCGACAAUGGCUACAGCGGCUUCAAUGGCACUGCUGGUGGUGGGGGUGGAGCUGGUGUGGAAACUGGAGGGAAGCUCCUCGUCUCCAAUCUCGACUUUGGGGUUUCAGAUGCAGAUAUUCAGGAAUUGUUUGCAGAGUUUGGGACUCUGAAAAAGGCUGCAGUUCAUUACGAUCGCUCUGGAAGAAGCUUGGGAACUGCAGAUGUGCACUUUGAAAGGAGGGCAGAUGCACUGAAAGCAAUGAAACAGUACAACGGCAUCCCCCUUGAUGGGCGACCCAUGAACAUACAGCUCGUCACAUCACAGAUCGACACACAGAGGCGGCCUAUGCAGGGCCUGAACAGAGGAGGGGGUGGCGGAAUGAACAGGAAUCGUGGUGGCUUUGGCGGCAUGCAGAGAGGCCGUGGAGGACGUGGUGCAGGCGGUUCCAGAGGACGGGGUCGAGGUGGUCGUGGUGGAAGCAGCAAGCAACAGUUGUCAGCAGAAGAACUUGAUGCCCAGUUAGAUGCCUACAAUGCCAGGAUGGACACCAGUUAAGAAACAGAGCUUCUCCUGGUCGUUGUCCCUUCCUGUCUGCACAAAGAGUUGUUUCAAAUGUGCAGAAUAUUUUACACAUGGUUGUCUGAUGUGAUUUGAAUUUAUUGUUCCAACCUCUUCUUUUAAAUGCUCCAAAGUGUUUUUUACCAGUAUUUUUUUUUUUUUCUGAUGAAAAUGGUUUUGGCUGUAGGUUAAUUGAAACUGGGUUUCCCCAGUUUAUUCCUCUACCCUGUAGUUAAAGAAACUUGUAAUAAAACCUGCAGUGCUUACUAACCAAA